AUGGCUCAGAAGAGCCCCACAAUCAAUGGCAACAACCUGCCCUAUGGAGACCUGGCCUCCGAGGUGACCAGACGCAGAGUCACCAUGGCCACCAGAAAAGAGCGAUUUACUAAGAAAAGCGAUGAAGCCAGGGCGAUACCCUCCCCUCUGGAUCUGGAGCAAGUCCCUUAUAGUGUGGCUGGCCCUACAGAACCUCCGGCCCCUCCUCCUUCACCAGUAGAAGACUGCAGAAUCUAA